AUGGGAAUAAGUGAUAAGAGUCCAGAUGUUUGCUGAUGACAUCUGAUGUGGAAGAAACCAUAAACCGUAACAGAUGGGGGUCUCUGUGUGACUUUGGAAAACUCAACAAACAGCCUAAAUAACAACAGAAGAAGAAUCAAGCGUGUGUGGGACAGUUGUUCUCCAGUGCUGAGUUUAAAAAGCAUUUUAACAGACAAACAGGGAGAAACAGUGAGAAGAACCAAACCCAGGUGGACGCUGCUCCCCUGUGGGGACAUGUCAUGGUCCCGUCCAGCCUGAGAAAGUGUCCAAGUGUGUGAAAGGGUUUGAUAUUGUUGGUAAAAACUUCGGCAACAGCACUAAAAGAAACCAGUGAGUGGUAAAAUGUGGGUUUUAUUGGUGCUCGCCCUUACCCUCGGUGUGAGGGCGUCAGAAAACGGCACAGAGGAGCUGGUGGUAGCCAGAGGUAAACUGCUGGCUCCCAGCGUGGUUGGAUGAAGCAUAAAGAAAAUGCCCGAGCUCCAUCACUUCCUCCUGGAGCGCUGGGCUCUGUACCACAACUUGGAGUAUGACUCAUCGGAGGAGAAGAAUCCCCGUCUGAUAUUCUACGACGAGGAUGACGAGGUUGUGAAGACUGUUCCCGUGAAGAAAAUGAAGGCAGAUGAGAUCAGCAGCCUGUUGGACUCACUGGGUUUCUACAAGAGGGCCCAGAAAGGGGAAGAGGUGCCAGAGGAGUUCCAGCAUUUCCCCCUGCGCGCCCCGAGGGACGAGCUGUGACGACAUCUUGUGGACAAACCCUGCCGCUGCAGCCCGGCCGCUUUAAUGACGUGUGGGGCCCAAAGGCCAGAAAACGAGGAGCCAGGCUCCACACUGAGGACUUGCUGGCCGGGUGCUGGGAGCAGGGUGUUAGACAUGGAUGUGUCCUUCUGUUAGCGAGCUGAAUCUAAAUAAUAAAAAGAAAUAUGUCUGGAAAACAACACAAA